AGAAGAAGGAAAAGGACGAUGGGAGGAGAAUAGUAAAGAUCGUGUUGGUCCCACAACCAUAUGAUGUAGAUCCGUUAACCCGUACACCACCUCGUACAACAGAGAUUUCCUGAGACACGUGUACUGCUAAACCUCUUUUGCAAGAACUAAAAAUUAAACAAUGGUCGGUGUGUUCAAAAAAAAAAAAAAAAACGCCACAAAAAUAAAAUCGCCAUUUUUUCCCCCAAACAUAACAGAAAAAAAUGAGCUAAUUCAAUCCAAUUCUUCUCCCCUAAAAUCUUAAUCAACAUCUAAAAUUCAGAUCCACCAAUAAUAAACAACCCCUAAACAUACAAAACAUAAAAUCUGAAAAUGGAGGUAGUUAUAUGAUCAUUUUAAUUGGAGAAAAAAGAAGAAGAAGAUGCAUAUGUUGAAUGCAAUAUCAUUGACACGAAUGGCGGCGCGAAGCUUGGAUACGGUUUCGGAGGCUGGUCAUUUGCCAUUGGGGUCAUUAUGGUGGAUAAUUUACGCGGGUAUAUCUUUUGUAUUGGUUCUUUUCGCGGGUAUAAUGUCGGGUCUUACUCUGGGCUUGAUGUCUCUUAGCCGGGUUGACCUCGAGAUUCUUCAACGUAGUGGAAAUCCCUCCGAAAAAAACCAAGCUGCUGCCAUUCUCCCUGUUGUUCAGAAGCAACAUCAGCUGCUCGUCACCUUGCUCCUAUGCAAUGCCUGUGCGAUGGAGGCACUUCCUUUAUACUUGGACAAGCUUGUAAAUCAGUUUUUGGCUAUUGUGCUGUCAGUAACUUUUGUUCUAUUCUUUGGAGAGGUUAUUCCACAAGCUAUCUGCACCAGAUAUGGACUUGCUGUUGGUGCAAAUUUUGUCUGGCUUGUACGGAUACUGAUGAUAAUUUGCUAUCCAAUUUCGUAUCCGAUUGGCAAGGUUCUAGACUGUUUGCUGGGACAUAACGAGGUACUUUUCAGACGUGCUCAAUUGAAAGCACUUGUUAGUAUCCACAGCAAGGAGGCUGGCAAAGGAGGCGAACUUACCCAUGAUGAAACGACGAUUAUAAGUGGUGCUCUAGAUUUGACUGAAAAGACUGCUGAGGCGGCAAUGACGCCGAUAGAGUCAACUUUUUCCUUAGAUGUUCAUUCGAAGCUGGACUGGGAGGCGAUGGGAAAAAUACUUGCCAGGGGACAUAGUCGUGUUCCUGUCUAUUCUGGAACUCCCAAAAAUAUAAUUGGUCUGUUGUUGGUCAAAAGUCUUCUUACUGUUAGGGCAGAAACAGAGACCCCUGUCAGUGCUGUUUCCAUCCGCAGAAUUCCAAGGGUUCCUUCUGAUAUGCCCUUGUAUGACAUAUUGAAUGAGUUUCAAAAAGGAAGUAGUCACAUGGCUGCAGUUGUAAGGACUAGAGAGAGAAGCAAGAGCCCGUCUAUGAACCAUGCAACGAUAUCAAAGGACUACAAAAUCACAUCUAGGGAUCCUGAAUUAACUACUCCCUUGCUUUCCAAGCAGGAAGGAAGCCCAAAAAGUGCAGUUAUUGACAUUGAGAAGGCUUGGAAGGCUAUCAGUAUGAAUGGACAAGUUGCCUCUCAUAUUCCAUCUGAUAUCGAAGAUGGUGAGGUUAUUGGCAUAAUUACCCUUGAGGAUGUGUUUGAAGAACUUCUACAGGAAGAAAUUGUUGAUGAAACAGAUGAAUAUGUUGAUGUGCAUAAUCGGAUUCGUGUGGCUGCAGCAGCAGCUGCUUCUUCAAUUGCACGAGCCCCUUCGAUAAGAAGGCUGACUGGGUACAAGCCACCUGGAGGGCCACAUAAGCAGGGACAAACUCCGCGGAAAUCUAGUCUGGAAAAAUCUCUCUCACAAAAGCUUUGUGAUUCUAGUUCAGAAAAUUAUGUUUCACAAAACCCACAGAUGUCUAAAAAUGAGGUUUCUGUCUCAUUGAACUUACAAGAAACUAAUUACUCUUCUCAUGAAAGUAGGAGAUGAAAAUUUUCUCAAAUUUUGUAACUAGAGAUUGUGACAUAUUGCCGUCUCAUUUAACAAAUGAAGAUAUCUAAUUUUGCACGAGUUCAAGCAGAUUGUUAUAUACACAAUUUUUCUGUUUAUGACAUUGGUUUUAACUUUUAAUC